AUGGAAGAAGGUUCCAGUAGAGACGUUACAGUCAUGCAAACCCUCCCACAAUCCCAGCGAACGUUGCCUCCUAAAAAAGUUUUAUUAACACAAGAAUCAACGAUAUGGACGAGAAAACAAAAUGCCGUUUGCGUGAGGAGAGCCGUUAAAAGAUACGGUACAAAAAAAUGUCCGACAACAAUAUUAAACGAAUUAAACAUGACUGUACCAAGAGGAAAAAUUUACGGUCUUUUGGGAGCUUCCGGUUGUGGUAAAACGACACUUUUAUCAUGCAUAGUUGGGAGAAGAGCAUUAAAUUCAGGAGAAAUAUGGGUUUUAGGUGGUAAACCUGGUUCUAGGGGUAGCAGAGUACCCGGAAGUAGAAUCGGUUACAUGCCACAAGAAAUUGCUCUCUAUGGAGAAUUUUCCAUAAAAGAAACUUUUAUAUAUUUCGGAUGGAUUGCUGGAAUGUCUUCUGAACAGGUGAAAGAAAGAUCAGAAUUUCUUGUUAAAUUUUUAAUGUUACCCACACCGAGCAGACUCGUUAAAAAUUUAAGCGGUGGACAACAGAGAAGAGUAUCGUUUGCAGCUGCUUUAUUACACGAACCCGAACUUCUCAUAUUGGACGAACCUACCGUGGGCGUCGAUCCUGUUUUGAGACAAAGCAUUUGGGAUCAUUUAGUCGAAAUAACCAAAGAUGGAAAUAAAACGGUUAUUAUAACGACUCAUUACAUAGAAGAAACGAGACAGGCUGGAAUGGUAAGAUAA